CAGCCAUCAGCAAUCGCACCCCUUAGCUUCUUCACGUUCGCCGUUUUUGCGGUGUUCAAUCCGAAUGUAGCUGCUGCUACCGAUGCUCGAGAUUGUUUGCUCUCUAUCUCAUCUCCGGGAUUCGCAUAAGUGUCGUCAUGUCUGACUCCGAUUUUGAAGCUGUUCGAAAGCUCCAGGCGGAGCGUAACGCUGCUGCUGCUGGAAGUAAAGGUUCAAGGACCUUUGAUCCGUCUAGCCAGCGCACUGACAACUCGACCAAGGCCUCUCUGACUGAAUCCUUCGACACGACCGUCUACGAUCGCGAUGGAGCCGAAAAAUAUGCGGGCUACAAUACCUCGAUUGCCGUCGAUGGCGACGACGAAGAAAUGGAAGAUGCGGACGCAGGACACCGUCUAGUCGGCCAGUACACCGCCACCAAAGAUCAAGUUGAUGAAUUUGCCCAUGGUAAUGGGGUGGAAGAGGAGGACAUUCUGCUCGGACGUGAAAAACAGGCUCGGAUUGCAGACCGUGAGACGGACUACCAAAAGCGCAGGUUCAACCGUGGACCUCUGACACCCACGCGAGCUGAUCCCUUCGCUGCGAACGCUCAUGCGAACGUCGAGGGGGAGGAGGGCCAGACCUAUCGUGAAGUCAUGGCCCUGCGUGAGCUUGAAAAAGAAGAAGAACGUGUUCAGAAGCUGAUCUCAGAGAAGCAGGCCAAUGGUGAUAACGGUGUCGCAGAACACGAGGCCACGUUGACGCUGGAGGAUAAGGAAAACGCCGAGGCAGGCUCGACUGUGUCUGUUGCAACCGGGCGCAAGCGCAAGCAGCGGUGGGAUGUAUCCUCUGAACCUACUGAGGCAGAAGCUGAGGCGCCUCAGCCUACAGAGACCAAGACAAAGCGAUCGCGUUGGGACCAAACACCCGUCCCAGGUGCCGAGGAAGCUCCUAAGCGUCGGUCGAGAUGGGAUCAAGCUCCAUCCCUCACAGCAGCGACUCCCGUUGGUAACCAAGGACUUGCAACUCCCAUGCACCCAUCCCAAGCAGGUGCGGCUGUCGUGCCGACCAGCUUUGGAACUGAUAUUUCUGGCCGCAAUGCCCCUUGGUCGGACGAGGAGCUUGAUAUGAUGCUUCCCACGGAGGGAUACAAAAUCCUUGAUCCCCCACCGGGAUACGCCCCCAUCCGAACCCCUGCCAGAAAGCUUAUGGCAACCCCGGCUCCUAUUCCAGGCGCCGCUGGGGUUGGAGGAUUCAUGAUGCAAGAGCCUGAGAGUGUUCGCUCUCUCGGCAAGCAGCUCCCGACUGAUAUUCCAGGCGUUGGAGAUUUGCAGUUUUUCAAGCCAGAAGAUAUGGCAUACUUCGGCAAGCUCAUGGAAGGAAACGAUGAAAGUGCCAUGUCCGUGGAGGAAAUGAAAGAGCGCAAGAUUAUGAGACUUUUGUUGAAGGUUAAGAACGGCACACCACCCAUGAGAAAGACAGCGCUGCGACAACUCACAGACAAUGCGCGACAAUUCGGCGCAGGUCCUUUGUUCAACCAGAUCCUUCCUCUGCUUAUGGAGAAGUCACUUGAAGACCAAGAACGCCACUUGCUGGUCAAGGUUAUUGACCGUGUGCUUUACAAACUUGAUGAUCUGGUUCGCCCCUUCGUCCAUAAGAUUUUGGUCGUCAUUGAGCCCUUGCUCAUUGACCAAGAUUAUUAUGCUCGUGUUGAAGGUCGAGAAAUUAUCUCCAACCUUGCCAAGGCAGCUGGUCUUGCUACCAUGAUUAGUACGAUGCGUCCCGAUAUUGAUCAUGUGGAUGAGUAUGUCCGAAACACGACAGCUCGGGCGUUUGCUGUCGUUGCCUCUGCACUCGGUAUUCCGGCCCUCCUUCCAUUCCUCCGCGCUGUGUGUCGCAGCAAGAAGUCCUGGCAAGCUAGGCACACUGGUGUGAAGAUUGUCCAGCAGAUUCCCAUUCUUAUGGGUUGUGCUAUUCUUCCGCAUCUAAAGGGCCUAGUUGAUUGUAUCGCCGACAACCUUAGCGAUGAACAGGCUAAGGUCAGAACCGUCACAGCUUUGGCUGUGGCUGCUCUUGCAGAAGCUGCUAACCCGUAUGGUAUCGAAAGCUUCGAUGAGAUCCUCAACCCUCUUUGGACAGGAGCUAGGAAGCAGCGCGGAAAGGGUCUGGCUGCGUUCCUCAAAGCUGUUGGAUACAUCAUCCCUCUUAUGGAUGAAGAGUAUGCCAAUUACUACACUAGUCAGAUCAUGGAAAUUCUUCUCCGAGAGUUCUCUUCUCCGGAUGAAGAAAUGAAGAAGGUCGUUCUCAAAGUGGUGUCACAAUGUGCUAGCACGGAUGGUGUGACUGCCGGUUACCUCAAAGAACACGUUUUGACUGAUUUCUUCAAGAGUUUCUGGGUACGACGAAUGGCGCUAGACCGAAGGAACUACCGCCAGGUAGUUGAUACCACUGUCGAUCUGGGACAGAAGGUCGGUGUUGGGGAGAUCUUGGAACGCGUCGUUAACAACUUGAAAGACGAAAGCGAGCCAUAUCGUAAGAUGACCGUGGAAACGGUUGAAAAGCUGGUUGCAGCCCUCGGGGCUGCAGAUAUCUCUGAGAGAUUGGAGGAAAGACUUAUCGACGGUGUCCUUUAUGCAUUCCAGGAGCAAAGCAUUGAGGAUAUUGUAAUCUUGAACGGCUUUGGAACUGUUGUGAAUGCUCUCAGCACCCGGUGCAAGCCAUACCUCCCACAGAUUGUCAGUACCAUCCUCUGGCGACUAAACAACAAGUCCGCCACAGUCCGUCAGCAAGCGGCAGAUCUGAUCUCCCGCAUUGCAAUGGUCAUGAGACAGUGCGGAGAAGACGCUCUCAUGGGCAAGCUCGGAAUCGUGCUUUACGAAUAUUUGGGUGAAGAAUACCCCGAAGUCCUGGGAUCCAUCUUGGGCGCUUUGCGGUCCAUCGUCACCGUGGUCGGUAUCAACCAGAUGCAGCCUCCUAUUAGAGAUCUUCUUCCUCGCCUUACUCCUAUUCUCCGUAACCGUCACGAGAAGGUCCAAGAGAACACAAUUGAUUUGGUCGGUCGUAUCGCAGACCGCGGACCCGAGUCCGUCAACGCUCGGGAGUGGAUGCGUAUCUGUUUCGAACUCCUGGAUAUGCUGAAGGCCCAUAAGAAGGGCAUUCGUCGUGCUGCCAACAACACAUUUGGUUUCAUCGCCAAGGCCAUUGGUCCUCAGGACGUUCUCGCCACACUGCUCAACAACUUGCGUGUGCAGGAGCGUCAGUCCCGUGUCUGUACCGCCGUCGCCAUUGGUAUCGUGGCCGAAACUUGUGCACCUUUUACUGUUCUUCCAGCACUGAUGAACGAGUAUCGUGUGCCCGAGCUGAACGUUCAAAAUGGUGUUCUCAAGGCCAUGUCGUUCUUGUUCGAAUACAUUGGCGAGAUGGCCAAGGACUAUGUCUACGCGGUUACGCCUCUUAUUGAAGACGCCCUAAUUGAUCGGGAUCAAGUGCAUCGACAAACUGCCGCCAGUGUGGUCAAGCACAUCGCGCUUGGCGUCGUUGGCUUGGGUUGUGAGGAUGCCAUGGUUCAUCUUCUCAACCUCGUGUUCCCGAACAUCUUCGAGACGAGUCCCCACGUUAUCGAUCGGGUGAUUGAAGCCAUUGAUUCGAUUCGGAUGGCCGUGGGAACUGGUGUCGUGAUGAACUACGUCUGGGCAGGUCUCUUCCACCCAGCCCGGAAGGUGCGGGUGCCGUACUGGCGACUGUACAACGAUGCGUAUGUGCAGAGUGCGGACUCGAUGGUUCCGUACUAUCCCAACUUGGAUGAUGAUGGACUGGCGAGACAUGAAUUGUCGAUUGUAAUUUGAGCCGAUCUACUAUUAUAUUUCUGUGUACUUUUGAUAAUCCACGAGGGUUUUCUGUGUUUUAUUCGUUUAGGGCAUUGAUUAAUUCGCGACGGUGUUGAGUUUGCAUUACUGGGGG